AAUUCUCUCCAGUUAAUCCUCCCUGCUCUAAAGAUGAGGAAGAGCCACGGAUAGAACCAGUGAGUCUGCUCUGCCCCUAGUAAAGACCUCGGAGAGGACGGGAUGGCAAAAAGAAUAUCAGCCAUUGCCCCAUGUAUGUGCCUCGUAGUCUACUUUCUCACCAUCCAGGGAGUCCUCAAAGUAGAAUCUGCAGAAUUGUUUCCACCAAGAGAAGCACGAAGAGUCAAUGAGAAAGAAAUGUUAAUGGAGCUUCAAGAUGUUUUGGAGAAACUUCAGUCUAAAAGGGUCUUGUCCUGGGAGUCUAAACUCAACCAAGUUCCUAAGUGCACUCUGGGGGACGUCUGCGCAGUAAAGAGGGGGGCGCGGAUGGGAAAGCUCUGCGACUGCCCCAGGAGGAGCAACUGCAACUAUUACUUCCUGAAAUGUCUGUGACUUGUCCCUACUCAUACCCCUCUACUACCUGUGCAUCACAUAUACUGUAUAAAGGACAUGUACUGCAGUGUGGGAGCUGAACCCCACAGACAUGAGGGUGCUGCAGCUCUGAAUCAACCCUGAAUAAUCCAAUACUCGCCCCCAAAUACCCCAGUUGGCCCGGUUGAUAAUUUCAACUUCAUACCGAACGGACUCAUCCCCAAUGGAUUAGCGCAAUGUGAGCUCACAGAGACUAUUUAGAAUUAGAUUAGAAUCUUCUUUGCUUUCGGAAUCCUCCGGCACAGAGAUGUCCACACCCCCCCCCCCCCCCAUAGGGCCGACUAUGAACCGAUGUAUGUGCUGAAAGCAGAUUAGUGGAGUUUGUACAGGACAAACAGCACUGCAGCCGUACAACUGUGUGUAGCUUUGCUUAUAAAACCUGCCUUUUACUUUU